AUGAAGAGGCGGCAGCUGCACCAAAGCAACCAUCCAUUCAAUCCACAGCCUUUUGAGGCAUUUUGGAGAGAGUCGUGGCAGCCUGUGGAACGUUUAUACAUUAUUGAUGGAAGCAUCACGGCGCACGUUGUUGAUGAUGGAGAGGUGAUAGAGGAGGUCAUUCCCAUGCCAAACCUCCGUGUAAGGUCAAGGGAGGCCACCUCCUCUGACUGCACCUCAUUUUUAAGAUCUGGAAUCGACAUUUCUGUGCUUUCAACUGCUCACACCUCUGAAAAUCACACAAAUAUCCUGCCUGUAUGGCUCGAUGCAAGAAUAAGAUCCAUCGAGAGAAAAACCCACAAUGACUUGUGCACCUGCCAAUUUAACGUCAGCUUCUAUAUCAACCAAGGACCCGACCUCUUUUCUGAGAACAAAAAACUCAGUAAGGAGACGAGAAUGGUGACGUUAGACCAAAUUGCCAUUCUCCAAAAUCUCAAUCCCAAACCAUGCGAAACACAGUACUACCGCUGGAGCUCAACCGAGGACUGUUGGUCCGUCCACCACCUCAAAUUCUUUCACGGGAAAUUUGGGGCCGACCUCACAUGGCUCCUAGUUGCCUCCACCUACAAGAAAACUGCGUUUGACGUGAAAUUCGUACAAAAUCAUAUUGUGUAUGAAAUCUCGGAAAAUACGAAUUGCACAAGUGACGCCAGCCGCCGUGCUGAUUCUUACGCAGUUAAUUUUAAAAUGGACAAUGGGGUCCUCACACCUGCCGUUUUCCCAUUCGUCCCCGAUAAUCUUCCGGAAAGUUCCACCGGACAGGUAACCGGGUCAUAUUCUUCUCCGUUCAAUCUCAUGGAGCUAAGGAGGUCAAAACGCCGGCACGUGCAGCCUGAACGUUAUCUAGCUUGCGAUAACCUUCCUGAUUACGAGAUCGAGGUGACCCGCUUGGGAGAGAGCAAAUAUAAAACUGAGCAUGGUGAAGUCAACGUGGAGGACGAUGAGUAUGAUGAAAUUCCCGUGCCGUUGUCCGUUCAGGCCGGCAAUGAGUUUCAGCAGAAAGGAGGCACUGGCAACUGGUCAACUUUUCACGAAAAGAAAGCGAAAAUGUCAGAUAACAGGUCCUACUUCACUAGCAGGUUUGAAGUUCCUAAAGAUGUCGACAAGGGAGAUAAUACUGAGAAAUUGUUCAACGAGCGAUUUUUCGCCAGCGGCUUGCUAUCAUCAACGCAUAAGAAGAAACAGCUUGAUGAAAUCAUGGAUUUUGAAAGUGGGGGAGGGAGUGGGAAGGGGUCUAGAAGAAAAUACGUCCGCGAAAAUGGUCGGCUGAAAAAUAUAAAGAGGGAGUGCUUUUAUGUGCGGGACAGCAUUUACGAUGUGAAAAGUUAUAAGAAGGACUCGGCGAAUGCGCAAAUGUGCAGGGAGUUGAUCAGGCGUUGCAUGAUCAAUAUAGAUGACACGUUAAAGAACACACGUGAGCACCCACCCUCUGUUGACCAGUGGAAAGAUUUCCAGUCGGCCAAAAAAAUUGGCCAGACAGAUAAAAAUGAUGAGAAGUCUGAGGUGGAAAGUGAGAAGGAAAUAACAGAAAUCGAUUUGUUGUGGGGAGAGAUGGAUCUUGCGAUGGCAUCUUGGUAUCUCUUUGAUGAUGACAAUGCGGACAAGUCUCAACCACCGGAAAAGGCCGGUCAAAACGAUGAAAACAUUUGCGAACACGACUACAUACUCGAUGAACAAGUCGGGAUUGUUUGCCAACUAUGCGGGUUUGUGGAGACCGAAAUAAAGGAUAUAUUUCCGCCAUUUGUAAAUUGUAAACAGGGAACUUCAAACAAAGAGCAACGAACUCAAGACAAGGACCCCCACCAGCAGGAGGGAACGAGCAAAUAUGAGGCUGUGCCCCUCCAUAUCCCCACCCCAGAGCCCUCGGGCGGGAAAGAGAACGUGUGGGCCCUCAUACCUGAGCUGAGGGACAAACUGCGGCCCCACCAAAAGAAAGCUUUUGAGUUCCUGUGGCGAAACAUAGCGGGCUCCCUGAAAGCUUCCCGGAUGGAGAAGAGGCAGGAGAAGAGGGGCGGGUGCGUGAUUUCCCACACCCCUGGGGCCGGGAAGACUCUCCUGAUUAUCGCCUUCCUCGUGAGCUACCUGAAGUUGUUCCCUGGGUCGAGGCCCCUUGUGCUGGCCCCAAAGACGACGCUGUACACGUGGUACAAAGAAAUCAUCAAGUGGAAGAUCUCGAUCCCGGUGUACCAGAUCCACGGGGGCUUGACGUACAAGGAGGCGGUCCUGAAGCAGAGGACGAGGCUGUGCCCGGGCCUCCCGCGCAACCAGGACGUGCUCCACGUGCUCGACUGCCUGGACAAGAUCCAGAACUGGCUCUCCCACCCCAGCAUCCUCCUAAUGGGCUACUCCUCCUUCCUCACCCUCACCCGCGACGACUCCAGCUAUGCCCACCGCAAGUACAUGGCCCACCUCCUCAAGCGCUGCCCCGGGAUAUUAAUACUCGACGAAGGCCACAACCCCAGGAGCACCAAGUCCAGGCUCCGCAAGGGCCUCAUGAAGGUCGACACCAGGCUCCGCAUCCUCCUCUCCGGGACCCUCUUCCAGAACAACUUCGGGGAGUACUUCAACACCCUAUGCCUCGCCCGCCCCAUCUUCGUCAACGAGGUCCUCAGGGAGCUCGACCCCAAGUACGAGAAGCGCAACAGGGAGCGCCGCACCCCCUUCUCCCUCGAGAAUCGCGCCCGCAGGCUCCUCAUCGAGAGGAUCUCCAAGAAGAUCGACUCCAACAAGGGUGGGGAGCGCGCCCAGGCCCUCAGAACCCUCAAGAAGCUCACCACCAAAUUCAUUGACGUGUACGAGGGCGGGAGGAGCAGCUCCGACAGGCUCCCAGGUCUCCAGUGCUACACCCUCAUGAUGAAGCUCACCCCACUUCAGCAGGAGCUCUCCCGCAAGCUUCAGGAACGCAGGCCCACCAACUGCAAGGGCUUCCCGCUCGAGCUCGAGCUCCUCAUCACCCUCGGCGCCAUCCACCCUAGCCUCAUCCGGACCACAACCUGCUCAGAACGGUAUUUAUUUCCGUACGAGCUCCAGGAUCUCGAGUCCUUCAGGUUCGAUGUCAAGGCGGGGUCCAAGGUCCGCUUCGUCAUGAACCUCAUCCCCCGCUGCCUCCUACGCAACGAGAAGGUCCUCAUUUUCUGCCACAACAUCGCCCCCAUUAAUCUCUUUGUCCAACUUUUCGAGAGGUUCUACGGGUGGCACAAGGGGCGGGACGUGCUGGUGCUGCAGGGGGAUAUUGAGCUUUUCGAACGCGGGCGGCUGAUCGACAAGUUUGAGGAGCGUGCAGGGCCGUCCAAGGUCAUGCUGGCGUCAAUCUCAGCGUGCGCAGAGGGGAUCAGCCUGACGGCGGCCUCCAGGGUGAUACUGCUCGACUCGGAGUGGAACCCGUCUAAAAGCAAGCAGGCCAUUGCGCGGGCCUUCCGGCCCGGGCAGAGCAAGGUGGUGUAUGUGUACCAGCUAUUGGGGACAGGGACGCUGGAGGAGGACAAGUACGGGCGCACCACCUGGAAGGAGUGGGUCUCGGACAUGAUAUUCAGCGACGAGCGCGUGGAGGACCCAUCCCAUUGGCAGGCGCCAAACAUCGAGGAUGAGCUGCUGAGGGAGAUUGUCGAGGAGGACCGGGCCGUGCUGUUUCAUAAGAUCAUGAAGAAUGAAAAGGCGUCCAGCGUGAUCAAUCGAGGGAAAGGGGUGCCGGCAUGUGUGGGGUGA